UCCUAAAAGACUGAUAGUACAUGCUGUCUAUAUGAUACUCCAGUCAAGCUGCUGUAUUUUGUACUAGUUGCAGCUUCCAAGUCUUCUUCAGGGGCAGCCCCACAUAGAGCACAUUACAGGAGUCUAAUCGGAGGGCGGUUACAUGUGCAUGGGCCACUGUGGCUAGGUUAUAAGAUGCUAAAGAAUUUGAAAUGUUCCUGUUGUGCCUCUGGAUUUGGGACUUGAACGGGUUGCAUGUUAGUGUCCUGAAAAUUUUUUAUUAGCGUAUGCUAUAGAGAUCCAGUUAAUAUUGAGAAAAGUAGCCUUAAUUGGCAUUAGAUGCCACCUUACUAAUAGUGUUGUGUAGAGUUGUGAAUGUUGAAAGUGUUGGGAUUUAUGUCUCAUUGGGGAAAAUGCCACACCAGUUCUUUUAAUGUGUCUUCUUACAAGGAAUAUGCACACACUCUCUCUUCUUUUCAGAAUAUACCGAUGAUAACGCCCUGAUUCCCAAGAACUCGUCUGUCAUUGUCAGAAGAAUUCCCAUUGGUGGAGUAAAGUGUACAAGCAAAACAUAUGUCAUAAGUCGAACUGAACCAGUGAGUGGACCUUCAAAAGCAGUAUGUAAAAACACAACCUCACACUUUUUUCUUCUACACAUUGUGCUUAAUUUUAAAACCAUAAUGUGGCAAUAAACUACCUUCCUAAAUACAUUUUUAAUUAAUUUCCCACAGAAGCCUUGAUACUGUAAUGAUAUUGUAUUUGAUUCACAAUAGUAAAAUGAGCAAUGCAGAUCAUUUUAAUGUGGAUAAUGACACUUGUGCCAAGUGACACACUGUAUUGCAUAUUGCUUGCUAGAUUAUUUCCUGUAUGACUCUUUGUUGUACAGAUACUGUAUGAUCAUUUAUCGAUCAUGUAAGUUGGGGUUUGCAUUACUGAACGUGAUUAACUUGUUCUACAUCUGUGUGUCUAGUUGGUAGUUGUAUGUUUGUAUAGGUUGUUGUGUGCUUUUGGUUUUCUUGAAAUAAAAAAAAACAUUUGGAGUGUAUCCUUUUUUUUUUUGCCACAAUCAUAUUGUAGCUUUCGUUCUUAAUAUUUCCCUGCUUGGUUUUAAAAAUGUAAUCAAAAACCACAUUAUUGCUAAAAUUUCCCCCCAUCUUAACUUGGGGUUCAGAUACAUGAUCCAAAGUGUUAAGGGCAUUUUUGCGCAACUAAAUAUACAUCUAGAUAUCGAACUAUAUUCACAUGACCUCCAUGAAGAGAGGGCCUGCUAGAACAUGCACAGCUGUCCUGGGGCUCUGUUGUUCCUUCCAUUUUUUUCUGUGAACAAACAUGUUUAAAUUAUUCAUAAUGGACAACAUACGUGAGACAUUUAGGACUAACCACCCAGAUCUUUGUCUUACCAGCUCUCUGAAAAAUCCAGUUAAGGACAGUUCUGUUUGCUUCUUUGCUCCCUCCCUGGCCACCCCAAAGUCCUCACACUUUAUUUUGCCAUUGAAUAGACUCAUAAGUUGGAUACUUUCGGCAUUAGCUUUUCUCUUUCGUUCAAGCUCACUAAUUUUGACUCAUAGGAACAUGCUUUUUCUGUAUACUUUCCAGAAUGGUUUAGCUUAAUAUGAGAUACUCAAAAAUAGACUUAAUCCGUAUUCAAAACUAUAACUUUACCUAUCUUCUUGUGUCUUUGUUAAGUGUGACUGGUUUACCUUUUCUUAGAAUUAAGCACGUGGCCUCCUACUGCUAGAUUGCAGUUUUGGAGGACUUGACCAACAGUGAGAAAAUAUUGGUGGUGCUGUGCUUAAUUCUGUACACCCUUUUAAAAAUCAUAGCCUGCCUUUGAUAAAAGUUACUUCUGAUUGAAGGAACCCCAAACCAUAAUAAAAAUGAUGGGUUUUUGAAAGUUAAAUUUAGCAACGGCAGCUUCAUUUAUUAUUUCAUAAGCAGUCCCUUCUCUGUUUGCAUGCAUAUAAGCAGACUGCAUAUUCAUAAAUAAAAUUCAGUUUAUGUGAGGUCGAAGGCUUUCCUGGCCGGCAUCCAUAGUUUUUUGUGUUUUUUUCGGGCCACAUAGCCCGAAAAACCCACAAAAAAUCCAGUUUACAUUUAGAAUCAUGCUACAUGUCCUGGCAGUUCUUGUAGAUUUGUCAGCCUUGCAAAUGGCUCAGAACACUUCUUAGCCCAUUCACAUUUCCUAGUCUGGCUACCCAAGUGUACAAAUACAGCAAGUGCUUGGACACUUUGGAGAACCUUGCUGCUUAGUCAACCAGGAGGCCUUUAUUUACUGCUUGCUUGGCUGGAAUGUGUGUGGCUGGGUCAAGCUUGCUGAAAAGCUAGCAGAGCUCUCUUAGAUGUUCUUAAUUGAGCCAAGGAAAAUCUUUCCACCUGCUGUGUGCUGACACACCCAGAUAUGCCACAUCCAGUGAGAACUUGGUGGAACUCCUUCUUGUGGCACAAGCUCGGUGCAUGAAGCAGGGUUUUUUUGCUUUUGUUUGGUUGGUUUCAUGGGGGGGGCAGGGUUGUUACUGGGAAUUUCUUCUGGACAGUGAGGAGGAGACUUUGAUGCUCCCCAACAUGAUCUAAGAUGUAGAGGGCCAGUCCUUGGAGGCUACUGGUUGGGCUGAUUUAGAUUAGAUGAAGGAUGGAAGGAAGGUUACAGUCCUAUAGAAUCCAAGUAAAACAUUGAGCUGUCAGGGUAUAAACACAAGAUUAGUCAUUAGACCUCCAGGUGACACAGGGCUGCUCUUUUUAAUGUCCAGUAAGGGAAUGCUUUUUCUGCAUGGAUGCUGCUCUGCUGAUGUUCUUGGCAAAACCUCUACAGAUUCAUUUCCCAAGACCAAAUGCCCCUUGAUGCCUAGAAAGAGGAUGUCCAGCAUGCAUGCUUUUAUCACUGUACUGGACUUUGAAGAAGAUAGACUUCUGUGUCUUAAGACCCACUAUCACCAUCACAUGUUGGACAGUUGAGGAUAUCUCUCUUUCGCCUUUGAGAGGUGGGCACUGCUUCUGUCUUCUUUAAAGGCCAGUUGGAUAAGAAGUCCCUUUUCAUCCCUGUUACAACCAGCAGACAGGAAUAUGGAAGGAUCGUCAGUGAGCCGUAGUCAGUUCUGCCUACUGACUCCUGCCUAAAUAUGUGAGUCCCUGUUCUUGGCUUAUCUGCCUCCUGCCCCAUGUGGUAUGUUUUGUGUGUUAUCCUCAAGCGCACAUAUGGUUGUUUUGGUUAUCACUUAACCUCAAAACUUUCCUUCUCAUGUUUGAAAUGAUAGUUCUCUGCCAGACUGGAACUGAAAUCUUGCCUAAUCUAGGAGAAGCAUUUUAACUAAUUCAUUUGUAGGAGUGGCCUUGAUUUCUGGCCUGGGCUCCCUUUCAUUAACUACUUUCUUCCCUCUCUCUCCAGUUUCUUUAGGCAAGGUUUCUAGUUUUGAAAAACAUAAUGUCUCAGUGGCUGUUGAAUAUGCAGGAUGUGUGUCAUGGAGUAGAUAUUACCUUUUUUCAGGUGCUUUGUGUGUAUCAUUCACUUAACAAUCCCAUGUGUAGUUGAAUCUUUGUAGCCAAGGCUGAGAAAUUCCUGUACACCUAGUCAUUCAGAUCAAUUAGAAGUUUGAAGUUGGGGCUCAGGAAUGUUUGAAAUUAGCAGAAAGGUCAGCUCAUGCGCUCCAACUGAGUGUGGAUGUGCCAUUCAAAUCAGUGUUUUGUGGCUUUGUGGAUUCUUUUUAUGACAAACCUGUACCAUUGUGCUCAUGGUGCUAUGUUAGGUAUCUUGCCUUGUUUGGCUGCACUACUCAAUAAUAAGUUAACAACAAGAUGUUAACUGCCCCAUUCUUCCAUUCAUGUAUUGCCAUGGCUUAUGAACUCCAUCUGAAAACAAAGGUUUUAAAGGGCACUUCUGGAAGACUAUGGGGCUAAACAAACCGCCCCUUUGGAGCGGCCUGCUGCCACCUCUUUCAGCACUGGAUUGGUGCUGUGGCAACUAGAGGCUGUGGCCCCAAUCUGACAGUUUGCCGUCGCUAAAAGCAAUGGCAAAAUGCUGCUCCUUUUAGAGCCGGCAAAAAGGUGCCCUUGCUGCUGCAGCUUUUCAGCCCUUGCUGCUGCGGCUUUGGCGCAGCACGUUUAAACACUGUGCUAACAGAGCGCUGUGGACACCACCACCACCCUGCCAUGUGGUUGGGUGCACAGCGUAAUGCUGGUGUGGGGAUGAUUGGUGUAUAAUGCCAAUCUGUUUAGCCCUUACGUCUGUAUAUAGCGUUCUAUAAUUCUUCCGAGGUACUGCAUGGCUCCUUCCAGAAUCUCACUUUAAAAUGUUAUUACUCAGUGGACACAAAAAAUAAAACUUCUCAUUAGCAUGGAUAUACGCGCUGUCAAGGUCUUCUGAUGAAUUUGAGUAAUGAACAUGUAUCCUGCACUGUGGUUUUUCCAGCUUAGAAUUCUUCCAGAUGGUUGAAUAAUUAGGGGUAUCAGUUCAAAAUUGUCUCUGUGAAGUUGAAGGCUUUCAUGGCUGGCAUCCACAGUUUUUUGGACUAUGUGAAUUCAGAGAAUGAUAUUCUCUGAAGAUGCCAGUCACAGACGCUGGUGAAAGGUCAGUAAUAAACUCUUUUAGAGCAUGGCCACAGAGCCUGAAAAACCCACAAAAAAACUAUGGAAGCUGGCCAUGAAAGCCUUCGACUUCACAUUGGAUCUUUAGUUAUCCAAACAUACAUUUGUCUUUCUUACUCAGGGACCUUGUUGCAAGUCAGCAGAAGACCAGAUGAUUGGUUGUGUUAUGAUAUGUUGCAGAAAGUAGUAAUUUAGACAGGGGUUGUCAGAGUGCAACCUUAGGUAUAUCUGGUCCUUCGGGAAAGAUUUAUCAGCCUCCGGACUCCCUGGGCUGCCUUUUUUCUUUUGGACUGAAAAAACCUCCAGGAGUGCCAGUUUUAUAUAGGUUGCAAAGCACUGUUCAAUGUGUUAGAUGUUUUCUUGAGAUCCCAGCUAAUCAGAGAUUGGGUAGACAAACAUGGUGCCAGGCUUUUGUGCUCCCAAGCCCCAUGUUGGGUAUCUGAAGGGGAGACUUUCUUCCUUUAGGGCUGAAGAGCAGAGACAUGAGCAUGCCUUUGUUUGUUGAACUGUGCAGGGCUGCAUGGGCUCUGGCUUGGAGGCUCAGGCUCCAUGAGAUCAGCCAUUAAACCAACUUGCCCCACAUCUGCUUCUUAGGCAAGGAGCAGGGGCCUAUUCUUUGUGUUAGACUGCCUCAUGGUUAUGGCCUGCUUCAUGGGAAUUCCUUUGUUGUAAAGCAGGAGCCUGUGGGAAUCCUGCAGUCCUCCAGAUAUUACUGGCCUGCAACCCUCCUGGCCAUUAUAGUCAGUGGCAAGGAAUGCUGGGAGUUACAGUCCAACCACAUUGGGAGGACUGUAUGAAUCCCGCCCCUGGUAAAGUGGUUGGUAAUGUGAAAGGUAGGCACUUGGCUUAAUAGUCCACUUUUAAUACUGGUGGCAUCCCCAUUGUAAUCUUAGACAUUGCAAAGCAGCAUCCUCAAAGCGGACAUAUAAGUGCAAUUGAAGGGUUUCCUGGCUGUGACUGGCCCUUGUGGCAGGAUCUGAUGAAAUCUGUAGUUCGGCCCUGGGAGGGAAGAGUCUUGACCCUCUAAAUAUUUCCUGAUGGCUUGUAAGGAAUACUUAAAAAAAAGAGUUGCAUCUCCUAAUUCAGAUAUGACAUGAGUUUCCUAAUAUCAUAAAUAAAUAAAUGAAGGGCCCCCCAUAGCUGUGUACUUCUUCAAUGCAAUGAUCCUUGUUAGAAGAUACACACGUCUUCUUAAUUUCCAUCAUUUCACAAGUCUUAACUAUAAGCACUUGAUUUUCCCAUUUCCUAGUACAGCAUAUUCCAUCCGUACCCGAACACUGUCAGUGCCCUACGAGUUUUUACUGCUGUUUCCCAGAACCCCAAAUGUACCAGAUUUUAGAUUUUAUCUGUUCUAAAGUAAAAGACAACUUUCAGCUGUAAGAAAGGUUCCUCACCUCACAUUGCAUAUUUCGUGAAAUCCACUUGCCUAACAGCGUCCUCUUAUAAAAAGAACGGAGGGUUUUUAACUACAGAAAACAACAUUUCUUUUACUUUAAAUGUAGCCUUGUUUAUUUUGUUGAUGGCAGAACGUAAACUCGGAUGGACGUCUUCUCUUGAGCAAUUCUGCUGUUGUGAUUCCCCUCUGUGGAGUCGAAUCUUACAUACAGUAUAUAUCUGAAAGCAAAACCUUUAUGGGCAAUGGCAUGGUUUGGCCAAAGGUUGCAGUGUUUUGGGAAAAGGCCUUUCUGUGAGGGACCAGUUCAGGCUAGCUCUUAAGACUGCAGUAGAGGCUAAAUUUGUUGGCUGCAUUUUGAUUGUGGAACUUGAAUGUGUGUUUAAUUUUUUAUGAACAGAUUGAUGACUCUUCUGCAUCUAUUUCUCUGGCCCAGCUUACAAAGACCGCCAAUCUGGCUGAAGCCAAUGCUUCUGAAGAAGAUAAAAUUAAAGCUAUGAUGUCACAGUCUGGCCACGAAUAUGAUCCUAUCAAUUACAUGAAGAAACCCCUGGGACCACCUCCGCCAACAUAUACUUGCUUUCGUUGUGGAAAACCUGGUCAUUAUAUAAAGAUCUGCCCGACCAACGGGGACAAAAACUUUGAGUCUGUUCCCAGGAUUAAAAAGAGCACAGGAAUUCCCCGAAGUUUCAUGAUGGAGGUGCAAGACCCUAAUACCAAGGGUGCCAUGCUCACCAACACAGGAAAAUACGCCAUCCCAACGAUUGAUGCUGAGGCUUAUGCUAUAGGGAAGAAAGAGAAGCCCCCUUUUCUACCAGAGGAGCCAUCCUCUUCCUCAGAAGAAGAUGACCCUAUACCGGAUGAGCUCUUGUGUCUGAUCUGCAAAGACAUUAUGACUGAUGCUGUCGUCAUUCCCUGCUGCGGCAACAGCUAUUGUGAUGAAUGUAUCAGAACUUCACUGCUUGAAUCAGAGGAACAUACCUGUCCAACAUGUCAUCAGACAGAUGUUUCUCCUGACGCUUUAAUUGCCAACAAAUUUUUACGUCAGGCUGUAAAUAACUUCAAAAAUGAAACUGGCUACACGAAAAGGCUGCGGAAACAGCCCCAGCCACCGAGACCGGCAGUCCAGCGGAGUGUGCCUUCGGCACCCAGGCCCACGGGUUCCAGACAGCAAGACCCCCUCAUAGUUCCAGUCACGUCUGCCCCUAUCCACCCAGCUGCAUCGCUCGCCUUGUCAUUGCCUCCGGGCCAGUCGGCUUCUGCAGCGGCCACAUUGCCAGCAAGCCAGUCUGUGGUCACCUCAUCUAGCGAAGUUCCUGCCUUGAUGAGCCUGGCACUUCAUAUGGACAAACCAGAAGGACCUUUCCGUGACAGUGAUGGCAUUGGACCAGCAGCUGCUUUAAUGACUGCCUCCGAUCUCUCGAAACCACCUUCCUCGCUGUCAAUUAAUACUGUGAUGGAGGAGAAGGGCUACCAGGUCCCAGUGCUUGGGCAGCCUGCCUUGCCGGGGCAGCUGGGCCCUCAUGGGCAUUCCAUACCUUCCAUGGGUCAGCCAAUGAGAACCAACCCUGUUCGAUCCGCAGGCAGUAGAUCAGGCUGGGACCCGGAAAAGAAAAAGUCAAAGCUCGAUGAGUUUACAAAUGAUUUUGCUAAAGAACUAAUGGAAUAUAAGAAAAUCCAGAAAGAACGCAGGCGUUCUUAUUCCCGGUCCAAGUCGCCAUACAGUGCAUCUUCCUAUUCAAGAAGUUCCUACACCUACUCAAAGUCCCGAUCUGGCUCAUCUCGUUCCCGGUCGUACUCUCGGUCGUUCAGCCGUUCCCACUCGCGGUCCUACUCUCGCUCGCCCCCCUACCCCCGGCGAGGCCGGGCUAAGAGUCGGAAUUACCGCUCCAGGUCCCGGUCGCACGGCUAUCAUCGGUCAAGAUCAAGGUCGCCACCCUACCGAAGAUAUCAUUCUCGGUCAAGGUCUCCACCAGUUUACAGAGGCCAGUCCCCAAACAAGCACCCGGUUGCUCAGCCAGAAGGAGAACGGGAGUACUUUGGUCGAUGCCGGGAAAUGCCUGUUUAUGACAUGAAAGCCUACUAUGGCAGAGCAGUGGAUAUGAGAGACCCCUAUGAGAAAGAGCGAUUCCACAACUGGGAGAUUCGCUAUCGAGAAUGGGAGAAAUAUUACAAGGGCUUUUUGCCUGGAGCCCAGCCCAGACCUCUACUGAACAGAGAGAACUUUUCCCCAGAACGAUUCGGCCCUCCUGGACCACGGCGAGAGAAUUCCCCAUACAUUCGGGGUCGCAGAGACGAUUAUCCAGGAGGGCUGGGCCAUCGAAAUCGAAACAUAGGUGGCGGCUACUCUGAAAAGUUGCCUGUCAGAGAAGGCCACGGUUUGAAAGACAUGGCCAAGCUGAAGGAGAAGGAAGUUGAGAACCCACCAGGAGAUGCCAAAGGAAAUAAACACAAAAAGCAUCGGAAGAGAAGGAAGGGGGAAGAGGGCGAAGGAUUCCCUGGUGCCGACCAGUUAGAAGGCUCCCGGAAGCAGAGGGAUCCUCCCCCGGGGGAAGACAGCAAACCUGACCCUCUCUUUGUGCUUCCAAGCAGAGACGACGCUACCCCUGUCCGGGACGAGCCCAUGGAAGCCGAUUCGGUUGCUUUUAAACCCAUUUCUGACAAGGAGCAGAAAGAGAAGCCGAAGGCAAAAGCUGAAAAGGCAAAACGAAAAACAGAAGGUACUGCUGCAGCUGUGACCACCUCCAAGAAAGAGGUCCCAUCAAAGCCUCCCAAAGCAACCCAAGAGAAAGCCGAGGCAGACCGUGAAAAAUCCCCACGGACUGAACCUUCUGCCAAGAAAGUGAAGGAGGAGUUGCCCAAGGCUGAUGGCACCAAGACAGUCUCUCAGAAAGAUGAGAAGCCACUUGGCACCCCACGUAAGGGCCAUCCCCGUGGCCCCAAAGAACACCUGGACACCCGGUCGGCCAAGGAUGAGAAGGGAGAGAAGGGAGAGAAGAGCAAGAAGGAACAUCCCAAGGAGGUCAAGCAGGAGAAGCAAGCGGGCAAAGAGGAAAAGGCAAAGAAACCCUUGGACAAAAACAAACCUAUGGAUGCAAAACCUGAGAAAAGAAAAAGGAAGGUUGAGGAAAAAGGAGAGAAGGAUCAUGAAACCACAUUGGUAAAGACUUCCAAACAAGAAGCCGUGGAAGUGAAACCUUUGCCAAAGGGGAAAAAUGAGCCAGAAAGUGAAAAAGUGGAGAACACCCCUGAAAAGGACAAAACAGUUUUGCCAGCUGUUCCAGCAAAAAAAAUUAAGCUGAACAGAGAAACUGGCAAAAAAAUUGCCAGUACUGAAAACAUCCCUCCUCCCAAAGACGUUUCAGCUGAGAAACCUGAGCUAACCACCAGCAAAGCAAAGCCAGAGAAAACGAAAGGGAAGAUGAGGAGGAAAAUGGCAGCAGCAGACGGACCAGGUUCAACGCUAGUUGAUUACACGAGUACAAGCUCUGCUGGUGGGAGCCCUGUGAGGAAGCCUGAAGAUAAGUUAGACACCAAGCGAACUGUCAUCAAGACCAUGGAAGAGUACAACAAUGACAUAACUGCCCCUGCUGAAGAUGUUAUCAUCAUGAUUCAGGUUCCUCAGUCUAAGUGGGACAAAGAUGAUUUCGAUUCGGAGGAGGAGGAGGAGAAGCCUGCUCAGGUUCCUUCUGCCGUUGGGAAGCCCACGAGCGUCAUCAAGAAUGUCAGCACAAAGCCACCCAACUCCCUCAAACAAAGCGAAAAGGAUUCUGAGCCUUUGGAAAAAAAUCAGAAAACCACAAAGGAAACCACAAAGGAAAGUUCACAGCCGGAAUCCAAAAGCGUCAAAAGCACGGUGUCAAACGAGAAAGGGAAAUCCAAAGACAGGGAUCAUGUGGCAUCUGACCGAGACUCUUCUGAGAAAAAAAAGAGUGGGGCCCAGCCAGAGAAGGAACACCCUGAACACAGUGCUGAACCAGGAAACCCAAAGGCCUCCUCCUCCUCCUCCUCAUCUCACUCUGCCAGAGAGAGCCGGGCUCCAGAGAGGCACGACUCGGCCCACACGUCCUCCACUAAGGACUUCACUCCUAAUCGCGACAAGAAGAAUGAUUAUGACAGUAGCAGAGACUAUUCGGGUUCUAAGCGAAGGGAAGACAGGGGUGACCUUGUGCGGAAAAAGGUCUCCCCUCCCCGUACCCGAGAAUCCUCCACCUCUGGACUGAAGAAUAAAGCCAGGGAGGAACGGACAGAACAGCCAAAAAAGGAUUCCUGGGAUCCGAAGCGGAGGAGUUACAGCCCUCCAAGGGAACGAAGGCUGAAUGAUCACAAAGCAGCCCGUGACUCCCGGUGGUCGGCAGAGCAGCAUAGAUCCCAGGAGAGAGGCUCGGGCAAAGAGAGAGAGAAACAGCCGCUGUCAUCUGAAAGGUGGAGUGCGAAGGAGAGGGUGACCAGUGGGAAUAAGCCCUCCUCGCACCGGCAUCGGAGUUCACCUGAAGUGCGAGAGCCAGGAGGAGCUGCUCAGAACGAGAAGAGCACCGCCAAGCCAAAGCCUCCGCCCAGCCACUCGUCCCGGCUCUCUUCCGACCCAACAAGAGAAACGGACGAGGCUGCCUUUGUCCCUGACUACAAUGAAAGUGACAGUGAGAGUAACGUGUCGGCCAAAGUGGAGGACUCCCCGGGACAAAGUGCCAAGGAGGGGAAGAGCAAGGCCACCGACCAGCCGAAAGAGGCCACCGCUGCCGCUGGGACAACGGGGUCAGCCUCGGCUGACCCCCAGGCGGAGGGGAGCCAGAGCCCAAGCAGCCCCAGCCGGAGCCAGAGCCCCUCAGAAAGCCCAGGCCGGAGCCGCAGCAGCAGCCCCAGCUCUGCCAACAGCGAAGACAGCAAGAAGAAGCGGAAGAAGAAGGAGAAGAAGAAACACAAGAAGCACAAAAAGCACAAGAAGCAUAAGAAACAUACCGGCGGCACCGAGUCUGAGGCAGAGAAGAGCCAAAAGCAUAAACAUAAGAAAAAGAAGUCCAAGAAGAACAAGGAGAAGGAGAAGGAUGACCAAAAAGCAAAGCCCGCCCCUGUCUAGCGCGGCAGAGGCGGUGGCGGACGGACUUGAUGGGAAGAGAGGCGCUUGAGUGAGUUUUUGCUACGGUGUAAACCAACGAGAGAGAGAGCCUUGUAAAGGAUGCCGCGACCGGCCCUGUGCUGCACUUACGCAAUUGCUGCUUGAUUUGAUUUUUACAUCAGAGCUUUAUAAAGUGAACAUUUUGUACAGACUUGUGAGUUGUGACCAUGUAAUAUUGGGGGGGGGGGGGGGAGGAGAGACUGGAGGAUUUUUAAUUUUAAUUUUAUUUGGGGAUGUCUUAUUUUUAACCACCGUUAAAAUUAGUUCGGGUGGAGUUUACUGUACUGUGAAAAAUUUCACACGUAAUUUUUUUUUUAAUUGCCUGUCAGGAAAAGUAAAAAAAUAAGGGCUGGUAUGGCUUAUAAAUAUCAGCUGGAGGACUUGCAGAAAUAAUCAUUUCAGCCCUGUUCUGUUACUUUUGGAUUACAAUAAAAAAAAGUUUCAUUAAA